AUGCCACUUAAACUCAAUUACCAUCGAUAUGACAUCUUCACCACCACCCGUUUUCUUGGAAAUCCGUUAGCCAUCGUUCACGUUCCCGCAUCUGCAUCCCUCACUCAAGAGCAUAAACAAUGCAUUGCACGAGAAUUCAAUUUGUCUGAAACAACCUUCGUACACGAAGAGGAGCCAGGAAUGCAGAUUCAGACUACCUUUCGCACGGAUAUCUUUACACCGCACACGGAGAUCCCUUUCGCUGGCCACCCGACAAUUGGAACAGGCUUCCAUUUACUCUCUACUCGUCAGGACAAUGAUGUCACGCUGCGAAUAAAGGCGGGCGAUACGGUCGUCACACGUACUGGCGAAGCAUCCGUUCGCCUACGAGUUCCAGUGGAUUUCAAAAUCCACUCUGCGUUGAAGAUAGACAAUCUCAUCAUCAAACAAACACAUCUGAGUGCCGAUGAUUUCACAGAGCGAAGUAAGAUGAUACCCAUCGCUUCGAUCGUGAAAGGCAUGAAUUUCUUCAUCCUUGAGGUCAAUGAUGUCGAUGUAUUAGGUCGGAUGUAUCCCUACUCGGAAGAUAUCACGAUUCCUUCCACUCAUUUGGGAGCAUGGUCGGGCAGUCAAACGGAAACAACGCUCAUACACGUCUAUGCCUACACUGUAAUAGAGGAGAGCGACCAGAUCAGGAUCAGGGCCCGUAUGUUCUCUUGGGCUGGUCAUGAAGACCCAGCCACGGGCUCAGCUGCUUGUACACUCGGUAGCUACCUGGCCUCGAAGAAAGGGAAGGGAAAAUGGAGAUUUGAAAUAACUCAAGGAGUGGAAAUGGGUAGGAAGAGCGAGAUUGUGGUCAUCGUUGAGAUUGGGGAUGGGAAUGUGGUUGAGAAUGUCCAGUUGGAGGGAAGUGCAGUUAAAGUCAUGGAAGGGUCGCUCACACUGGACGCUUAG